CGCCUCGACGCCCCCGUCUAUUUGCAUCCGCACUUUUCUGCGCGCAAAUGGCAGCAGCGACAUAGCCGCCUCUUCUAUCCUUUCCACAACACUCCCCCUCUGCGCAUCGUAGUGCACACGACACUUGGAUCCUUGGGUUCACGACCCUCCCUGAGACAUGUUCCGAUACCGAAGAUACCGCGCGUUUCUCGUCUUUGCUGUCAUUGCUGUGCUUGCAAUUUAUCAAUUUGGUGAUUCCAGCGCAGCAUGGAGGGAAGCGGCAUCGAGAGCAACAGGUCUAAAGGGUAACGCUGGCGAAGCUCUGCAUAAGGACACGAAACCACGCCCACCCGUGGCGCAUGAGACAAAGAGCCUAAAACUAGACGUGCCUGCUGCUAGCACAUUGCAACCGCUCCAAACACCACCCCCAGUGAAGAAGCCGGCUUCUUCUCCGUCCCCGAGCCCUGAAGUUACAAAACAGCCACUCAAGCCUUCGAUCCCCUCGCCGCUUCCACCCCGACCACACGACGACCCCGCCGCCAUCAUCGACAAUGGCGUAGACCCGUCGUUGAGUAUCGAAGUCAUACAUUGGAAAAAGCUGCCUGAGCACUUCCCCGUACCCACGGAAUCGCUCAUUCGCCUUCCGUCAGGCAAGCCAAAGACACUACCCAAGAUCCAAGCCGAUUUCAAGCCCGAAGACACUUUGGCCAAAACAGACAGGAAAGCUAAGCUGGACAAGAUUAGAAGUGUCGCUAAGAAGGCAUGGGAUGGAUACAGGACAAAGGCAUGGCUUCAUGAUGAGCUACGCCCGCAGUCUGGCACCUUCAGGGACCCAUUCGCGCAGUGGGGUGCGACUCUUGUGGAUGCACUCGAUACUCUCUGGAUCAUGGGCUUGAAGGACGAGUUUGAAGAGGCAGUAAAGGCUGUGGACAAAAUUGACUUCACAACCACUACCCGUGCCGAUAUCCCCUUGUUCGAGACAACCAUCCGCUACCUUGGUGGGUUGCUGGCUGCCUACGAUAUCAGCGACAAAAAGUACAAGAACUUGCUCGACAAGGCAGUAGAACUUGCCGAAGUUCUCAUAAGUGCUUUCGAUACGCCAAACCGGAUGCCUCAGAUGUACUACUACUGGAGACCCGACUUCGCCUCGCAGAAGCAUCGUGCCGGCCAAAGUGUGGUUCUGGCCGAGAUUGGCUCGCUUUCAAUGGAAUUCACCAGACUUGCACAACUCACUGGAGAGCACAAGUACUAUGAUGCUGUUGCACGCAUUACAGAUAACCUAGAGGAAUUCCAGAAAAAGACUCCGCUUCCGGGCAUGUGGCCUGUUCAUAUAGACGCCUCUGGGUGUGGAAGACAUUACGUGGAUGUGCCUCCUGAACAAGAACCUCUCAAAGCUCCAGAAGGCUAUCCCAACAUUGAUCCUUCGGCUGAUUCCCAGUCCGCUUCAGAUUCCUCCGCUGAGAAGCUGUCUCCUGAAGGCAACAAAUAUAUUCCGUUGAAAUUGCCAGACCCCGUCAUGCUCAUUUCAGAUGCAGACCGCGCCAAUCAGGGUGCAGAGAAGAAAGAGACUGUACCAUCGAGCGACUCGGUGCUCAAACGACGACAGCUUGAUAUCUAUGAGUCAAGUCCACUCGGAGCAGAGCAAGACCUCGAUACGACCGCCAAGACCUCAUCUGCUGCACCUACUAUACCAGCGCCUCCAGAAUGCAUACCGCAAGGCUUCGUGGCGACUGGCAGUGGACGUGACGAAUUUACGCUAGGUGGUAUGUCUGAUUCUACAUAUGAGUAUCUACCGAAACAAUACUUGCUCCUCGGUGGCCAAGUCGAGAAGUACCGGACCAUGUAUGAGCAAUCAAUGGACGUAGUCAAAAAGCAUUUGCUCUUCCGGCCGAUGCUCCCGAAAGAGGAGAAUAUCCUAUUUUCUGGAAAACUCACAGUCCCAGCAAUGUAUGACAGCACUCAAAGCGGUGAUCUAUUGGCAGAGAAUGCCCAUCUGACUUGCUUUGCGGGAGGAAUGUUUGGCAUGGGCGCAAAGCUAUUCGACCGCCCCGAAGAUCUUGAGGUUGCCAAAAAGUUAACGGAAGGAUGUAUCUGGAGUUACGACAUGACAUCCACUGGCAUCAUGCCUGAAUCGUUUGAAGUAGCCCCCUGUGACAGCACGAAGGAGUGUGCUUGGAACGAAACAACCUACUGGGAAUAUAUCGACCCACGACACGAAUCUCGUAUAAAAUAUUACGAGGAGCAAAGGGAAGUUUACGAAUCACAAAUUGCUUCUGCAUCGUCAUGGUAUAAGGCUCAGCUCGCUGCGAUGACUCCACCGCCGAAACCCUCUCCUGCUGCUGCAUUUACAGCAAAAGCCACGUCAACUCUGAUAUAUGCGGAUACACUGGACAAGCGCCAACUCGCUGAGCUUGUAGAUGAUGCGGAACCUGCACACAUGCCAAGCUCGUCUGUAAGCGUCCAGCAAAAUCGAGAUUCAGUCAUGGGCGGCGAACCUGAGGAAGGCGAAGGCCCUCCCAUCAAAGCCCAACCAACAUUGGAUAUCCCGGAAUUUGCUCAGCAGCCAACUCCGACUCUACCAGACUUCCCUUAUGUUUAUUCGCCAGUCCCAGUCCUGAGUCACAAGGAAUAUGUGCAGAAUAGGAUCAAGGAAGACCGACUGCCAAACGGUGUUACCAGAAUUGGGGCCAAGGGUUAUAUUCUCCGUCCGGAAGCAAUCGAAUCCGUUUGGUACAUGUAUCGUAUAACCGGAUCACAGCACUGGCGCGAAGCCGGUUGGCGCAUGUUCCUUGCUAUUGAUCGACACACAACUACGGAGUUUGGCAAUUCUGCCAUCGACGACGUGACGAAAACGGCUCCUGUGCUUCAAGACGAGAUGGAAAGUUUCUGGCUUGCCGAGACGCUGAAAUACUUUUACCUUCUAUUCUCGGAAGAGGAUGUUAUCAGCUUGGAUGAUUGGGUAUUGAAUACUGAGGCGCAUCCGUUUAGGCGUCCGACCUGAAAGGGUUUUACGCUGUUUUAAGUUACGCAGUGGCUAUUAGCGUCCGAUUAUUAUUAUUUUUGCGUGCACUCUGAUAGCUGGUCUGGGCACACAUUGCAUAGAGGAAUUGAAUUUAUCAUUACCCUUGUCUCGCUUUACAAGCUGGUCUUCGUAUAAUCAUGAGAUCGUAGAUGUUUGUAUCUAAGGCGAGCUUCCGUGACCAAGAAGGUUAAGCAAGCCUCGUAUUUGGGUGGUGUUAUUACCAAAGCAAGCAAGUC